AUCUGUGUAUUAGUUUAGUGUUCAUGGAAAAGUUAAGUUGAUUAUAAUUGUGAUCGCAUGUUUCAUUUAAUUAUCUCAUUAAUAAAAUGCGUUUUUCCGAUGAGGUUAAGUGCCAUAUUUGCAAGCGAAUCUUUUGCUGCGGCAAGUGCCGCCAAAAGCAUCAAUUCGAAGCUCACGCCAUUGCCGUAACCCAGCCCAUAGAGCAGCAUUCUAAGAUGGUUGGCCUUGGCAAUGACAUUGAGGCAAAGACCUCAACCAUCUAUGUCUUCUGUCCGAUAUGUGAACAAAAGCCGCUUAUGCUGCGCAAAGAAAUGUAUGCCGAGCUGCUGGCCCACAUCGAGAGUGUGCACCUGCCGCUGCGCUGUCGCAAGUGCUUGCGCCAUUACACGAAGAUCGAUGACUUGAAAGAGUUUAGCAAAUGUGUUGACUUGGGUCAGAAUUGCAGCGCAGCCAGCACGGCGCAGAAUGCGACCUACGACACGGAGGCCUCGAAGGUAACGGUGAAAAAGGCAACUGUGGCAGCCAAUACUAUAUCAACACAGACUUCGCCCCACGUAGCUAAAGAGAUGGACGAAACGCAUCAGCAUUUGAAUUUAACGCCCAUAUCACUAUUUAAUCUACGCUGGAAGGCCAAAGGUCGCCUGACUCAUGAGGAAUUCAUAAGCGACAGCGUUUCAUCCAUACGCAAUCUGUCGUCAGAAAGUGUAAACUUGUCCGGACAACGUCGCAGCAUCGGACAAGUGUGUGCGCAGCCAGACAGCGUGCACAAUGAUAAGAGCAAGGGCAAAGUCAUACGCUCCACAUCAACGCCACUGCAGGUCUACACAAUGUUCGCCAAGCCCAAAGAGCCGUUAACAUUUAACGCAUCCAGUGUUGGGAGCGGCCAGGUGUCGAGCAUUUAUCACAGCGGCUAUGCUCUGGAUGAGCCAAAUGCGGCGCCAGACAGUAGCCAUGUAGUGCCGCCGCAACAUCAGCGCACCUGGAAGGUCGGUGGUCGUGGCAAGAUGAGUGCCGUGACGCCCUUGCGCCAAGUUAUGUCCAAGAGCAUACAGAAGGCCUUCGUGGAGCAUGGCGCUGUGGGCAUGCUCCCUGGCCAAACCGAGCAACAACGCAUGCGGCUCGAUUUGAACGAGGUCAACAGGUCACCAAAUGCCGCCAUGCCACUGGACUUGCGUCUAUCCCCAGUAGUUCGACGCACGCAGAGCGACGACUCCAGCGGCAAUGGGAAUAGCGAUAGCAACAGCAAUACCAACAGCAACAGCAAUAGCAACAGCAAUAGCAGCAGUAGCGGCAGCGACAAAAACCAUGGCCAGGACUCAAAGAGUCCAGAAUCCUAUCAGAUACUGCUCUCCGCUCAGAAGCUAACAAGGGAGUCGAUUAUCAUAACCCGCACACAGCAUGCCGGGAACAGUGUUUCACUGAUUGCCGCCGCUGCCGGCACCAGCACCACGAGCACAGUUUACAAUUCCUGUGAGAGUGUGGAGAUAAUCACUUCGUCCACAUCAACUGCCGAGCUGAGCACCAACUUACGGCCAGCCAAGGUCGACUGCCCCGUGGUGGUGCCGCCGAUAACACCCAUAACAAGCGUGCCCGGCGCCAUCAUCAACAAGAAGCUUAUCAAGUUUGAGACGCCCCUGAAACCAAAUAUGCAAGCAACUCAAAUGGCUAACUCGACGCCCGAUGAAAAGGAAAUCUUUUAUACCCCCAAUCCAAGCGACAGCCCGUUGGCUGCCAUUGCUGGCAGCCCGACUGCUGGGCCCAGCACGAGUGAGCGACGUAGGCAGCAGAUUGUGCCGCGACAGCUAAGCGGUCAAUUUAUGGCAGAGACAAAACGGGUUGAAAUGUCACGACCACAAGGACCACGAGCUCGUCCGCCACUCCGUGUGUGCCAUCAUCAAAAGUCCUUCAGCUGCGUCCAGGAUAUCGGCAGUGACGACGAGGACGAGAUUUUCUUGCCAAACAGCGCAUCAACACAAAACGACAAGAAGCGGCAAGGACGUCUCUGGUCCCUGGUCUCAUCUGUUAUGCGGCUGCCACAGACCCUGCGACCGGAUCCCAACAGCAACGCUGGCGAUAAGGAAAACAUCCCGUCUACUUCCAACGCGAAUUCUAAUUGUGGUUCCCUGAUUAGACGCUGUGCCUCCAUUGCUGGCUCAUUGGUGCGCACAAUUCAGUCCCAUGACGACGCCGACAUGCAGAGCUUAAAACGCAAACGAACCCAAACCCUGGACAACGCGAGUUGCACUCAAAUGUCGCCGUCCAAUUCCUCUAAACGAUUGCGUAUACAGCCAAGGAAGCCAAUCGAACGCAUGCGCAAUAAUUAGUCAAUAAGUUACUUCAUUUUAAAUGUUUUGUCCUAUGUUGAUCUUGUCGCCUUUUUAUAGCGUUUAUUUUGUACGAUGAUGCGGAAUGAGUUCCUAAAAAUGUAAGCAAACAGUGCAAAUAAUU